AUGGUGGACAACUCCGGCAGCGGAAAGGCACAAAUGGAGGGCAGUUUGGGGGGUGGUGCUUACCCCCAGGGGGGUCCGGCGGGGGUGAAGCUUGAGGCCGUGAUGGAGCAACUGCAGAGGCAGCAGCAGGCGCGCCUGGACACGGAGCGGAAGGAGCGGCGUUUGCGGGAGGCUCACCUCAUGUACGCGCAGCAGGUCGCUGCCCAGCAGGCCAUCCUGGCUGCCGCCAGGGUGUCCGCGGCCAGUACGGCUGGCAAGGCGCAGAGGCUCGGGGACGCAGGUCCAGCCCCCGGGGCCGAGCGUGGCGCCAAGCAGCAGGACGACAGGGGCCACGGCGGGCGGGACUCAGGUGACGAUGACGAGGAUGACGACGACGAAGGCGCCGAGGAGAUGAUGGAGGGGGACGGAGGCAGCGAGGAUGAAGAAGAAGAGGAGGAUGAGGAAGAGGAGGAAGAGGAAGGGCCGGUGAGCGGCUUGGAGUUUCUGAGGAAGCAGACCCUGGCUCUGCAGCAGGGCGCGGCGAGGUCGCAGGGGCCAACGUUUGGGAGUUACACCGGGAGCGCAGUGCCUGGGCCGCGGAGGGAGCCGUCGCCCCCUGUCAGGGUCAAACAGGAGCCCGAGGACGGCCUCUCUCCGGCGGGGCCGCCCUCUGCCACCUCCCCUAACGGUCAGGCUGACUGGAGCUUUGAGGAACACUUCAAACAGAAUGGCAGUGGUGUGUGGACUGAGGAGUCGGACGGUAGCAGAGGAAGAGGAGAGGCCUCCAGAGACUUCGCCAAGCUGUACGAGUUGGACAGUGACCCGAACAGAAAAGAGUUUCUGGAUGAUCUCUUCACGUUCAUGCAGAAGAGAGGGACACCGGUGAACCGCAUCCCCAUCAUGGCCAAACAGGUGCUGGACCUGCACAUGCUGUACAAGCUGGUGACAGAGAAGGGAGGCCUGGUGGAGGUUAUCAACAAGAAGAUCUGGAGAGAGAUCACCAAGGGCCUCAGCCUCCCAACCUCCAUCACCAGUGCCGCCUUCACACUCCGCACCCAGUACAUGAAGUAUCUGUAUCCGUACGAGUGUGCACGGAAAGGCUUGAGCUCCCCCACCGAGCUGCAGGCCGCCAUCGACAGCAACCGGCGCGAGGGGCGGCGCCCCAGCUACAGCAGCAGCCUCUUCCGCUUUAGCCCCUCCCACAGUACUGCCCCCCACAUCCUCUCCCCUCACAAGAUGCACCUGCCCCCGCUGGGUGCCGGGGCAGGGGCGUCGGCUUCGCUCAACGGGCUCCAGGUCUCCCCCGGCCCCUCCCUGAAGAAAAGUCACGAGGAGGCGUCCCCCUCUCUCCUCAUGCAGCGGGCCCCGUCCAUCGCCCUGGCCCUGGGGCCCCAGGUGGCCGGCUUGGCCCGGGCUGCAACUCUGGAGCAGCUGCGGGAGAAGCUGGAGACGGGCCCCGGGGCACCCGAGGGCCCCGAGAGGAAGAUGGCCCGGCUGGCCGAGGAGCAGCAGAGGCUGAUGCAGCAAGCCUUCCAGCACAACCUGCUCGCCAUGGCAACCCACAUGCCCAUGAACCUGCGCCUGGGAAUGCCACCAAAGGACGACAAGCACGACCUCGCCAUGAGCAUCUCCUCCACCGGAGCGGCCAGCAUCAGCGUCUCUGUGGAGGUGAACGGCGUACUCUACUCAGGAACGCUGUUUGCACAGAAGUCCUCAGCAGCGGCUGCGAGCGUGUCCACGGCAGUGGGCGGGGCGUCGGCGGGCCCUGGAUCCGCCUUCAGCUUCCCCAGCCACAGCCCCUCCCCCUCUUCCUCUUCCACUUCCAAGGCCCCCAGCUCUGCGGAGCCGCCCACCGGCAGCUCCCCCUAGCCCAGGCGAGACACUCCAGCUUGGCGUCGUCUCCGGAACAAACCAGUCAUGGAUGUUUGGAAAAUCGUAACUGUUGCACAACUAGUACCUCGUUUUUGUCCUGUCAGCCUUGGCUGGCUACAUACGCUCAGACAUAUUUGCCAUACUUAAGCAAGCAAGCAAGCAAGCGCGCACACACACUCUCACUCACACACACUCUCACUCACGCACACACACACAAUCACUGUGCUAAGGAAAACGCUAAACACAAUCAGGGUGUUGAGCCAAAAUCAACUGACAGGUGUUCAUGAUGGAACUUGAAGAUUUUAUUUAGGAAAUGUUUUUUGCUGUUUGACUUCUGAUUCUGAAUUUAGGGUUGUUGUGGGGUUUGUUUGUUUUUUUUCCUCUCUCGAGUUUUCUUACAUACCUCAAAUGGAGCGAUCCACAGUGGUUGAAUAUUAUCUUUACCUCACAGAUGCUUUACCUCAUAAAUGCUUUAGCUGAAUUCAUUAUUUUUCUUUUUUAAGAGUCUUUUUGAAUUUGUCAGGAUCAGGUGAAGAGGUGUUUUCAGCACUCAUGUUGCUAUGCAUGCGUUACCCUCUCACGGCACGUAGAUGAGACACCACAACGCUGCACUAUAGUGUUCAUAGGAAUGCGCUCUGCUCCGCCCACUGUGGUGUGCCUCUCCGGGAUGGGGCCGCCCCUCUGGCUGAAGUGCGCCACAUCCAGCCGCGCUCCCGGACCUCGCCGAAACCUGCCCGGUCACGUUGCCACCCGACCCGUGCCGUUGCGGACGUCGCCAGGACGACAGCAGCUGACCGAGGCAGGAUACGGCAUUCCCCGCGUCUCUUCCUGCAAAAGGGCGUGGGAUUUGUGUGACGGCGUUUUAAGGUUCAAGUUUGGUUUCCAUUGAGCCAUUCAAGCCAUCUCGGGUCAAUGUUGUGGCUUAGUGGGGAACAGGGACCCAACGGAGACUCGGGAAGGACGAUAGGCUGGGUGAAGGUGUCGCGAUCCGAAAGAUUUAGGGCACGCCGCCUAGAUGCUGGGGCACCUACGUGAUGUUUGAGCAGUCAGUGGUUGCUGAAGCAACCAGCGGCUCCCCUGUCCAUCACAGGUAGCCGUUUAAACCAGUCUGCUGCGUUAGGGUGUCUGAGCCUAGUGCAGGUCUCGCACCAGAGCAGGGAGAGAGUCUGCUUUUCAGGGUCAGCCAUGCUGUGGUGAACGCCUGACCUCCAACCUCAAGGAUAUUUGUCUCUGGCGACAUUCUCAGGAAGGAUUGUGACGUCUUUCGUUGGAGUCACAUGGUCUUUUUUUAAAUUAAAAAAAAAACAAACAAUCAUUAUUCAGAAUUAUGCACAAAAGGUGGAUGUUUUUAAAGGAUACCUCAGGCUGUGUUUUGGAGAGCUACACUACGUACCCCGUGCUGCCAUGGCAACAAUAACCAUGGGAAAACAUGCGGACUGAUCCAGAACUCAAGCCUCACUCCAGAUUGCCUGAUCGGGGCUCCAAACUCCAAUUUCUUUUUCUUUCUCUGUCUUCUGCCCCACCGAUCUUUCCCCUUUCUCUCCACCACUCGGCGUGCGUCAGACAUGACUGUUACGUGCUGCAUUUGUACAAUCAGGUGUUCGUUUGACACCAAAUUUGGAUUGCCCUGCUUACCUCGCACUGCUAGAAACCAAAGAGCAGCUCGGCCAC